AAGGUGUCCAAAUCGAAACGAACAUACACAUGCCCCAUUUAACCCAAGGAAGGCCCCAAACCCAAAUCCAAUUUCAUCACUUCACUUCGUAUAAAAUACUGUAGAGGAGAAGACAUUGCCAAUUGCCAACAUCUUCAUAUCUACAAAAAUUUACAAAACCCUUGAUCGAUCCUUCAUUACAACCGUUGCAUCUUCUGCCAUUCUACAUUCAAUUCGGAUGGAAUCGGCAUAAAUACCCCAAUAUCUCUCUUGUUUUGGGUGGAAAAUUUUUGUGGGUUUUCUGUGUUUUUGACGAUUGGGAUCUUACCUGAGAUGUGGAGAUCUCGGCGGAAAUUUAGCCGUGAUAAUGAUAGCAUUGAUGGUUCAAUCCGUAGAUCGUCUUCAAAUCUCAACUUCAUUCAUCGAUCCUUCAAAGACGUUGAGAAGCUGUUCGCUGAUGAUGGUAGUAAUGGUUUCAACAAAACCCUAGAUCAAUGCUCAACCACCGCUAAUGCCACCGCCACAGCCAGGAGACUCUCGAUCUUCCACCGAGUUCACCUCGCAACUAAAUUUGCGCGCGCUUUCUCCACUAGACAGAUCACGAAUCCGGAGAAAUCUCCACCGGAAUUAAAUACUACUCCGGCGGAGGCAAAAUUGAGAAAAUCUGACCGCGUGAUUUCCAUUCCGGGAGCGGAAAAGCGAGUGGUGGUAUACAUGACGAGCCUCCGUGUGGUCCGGCCGACGUUCGAGGCUUGCCGCACCGUUCAAUCGAUCUUACGAGGGUUCCGUGUCUCGAUUGACGAGCGUGAUUUGUCGAUGGACUCCCGGUUCCUCGACGAGUUACAGAACAUCAUGGCGGAAGGCGGUGAGGACGAGUUUGAAAAGACCAAACUAACCCUACCUAGGGUUUUCAUCGGCGGUAGGUAUGUCGGAGGUGCAGAGGAGGUGAGGCAGCUGCACGAGACCGGCGAGCUAAAGAAGUUCGUGGAGGGUUUGCCGGCGGUUACUCCCGGCGUAUGCGAGUUUUGCGGCGACUUCAGAUUUAUCCUCUGCGACGAGUGCAGCGGAAGCCACAAGUGCUACACUGAUAAAGGUGGCUUUAGGAGUUGUACUUUGUGCAAUGAGAAUGGUUUGAUCAGAAAAUGGAAGAUAAGAAGAAUUGGAUAAACGAGAAGAUAUGCAAAAACGAUGAAUUGAUCAAUGAGGAAGUAAAAGCCACAAAACUAUGGACGCGUAAUAAAAAACCCAAGUUACUAAACUAACUUCAUUUCUAUGCGACAUUGAGAGUGAUAUAUGCCUCAGAUAGAAAUGUGUCGACUGAAUACGUUUAGAAAACAUAGUC